UCGAACAAGGUGAAUAUCGUCAAGUUAUGGCGGAUGCCAAACGAUCUCGUCUCUUCUUCAUUUGCAUUCCAAGGUCUGGGUCGACAUCAAUCCUUAAAUGUUUGAGCUUCAUUGACGGGCUCGAGGCGUGGUUCGAGCCGUAUGUCAUCGCCAAGAUCGCUAUCCGAGAGUACAAGGCACAUGCUGGGAAGGACCUACCGACUGAUUGGAAAGAAGAGAACCGUGCCGAGUUCGACCACGCUGCUCAGUUAAUACAUAAUAUGAAUAAACUACCUUUAGUAGAAGGAAAGGAUUUUGCGUUUUCGGAAGUGAAACGACGUCUUGAGAAUCUAGAGAGCGCUCAGGUCGUCGUCAAAGACAUGGGCGGCUCAUUCUUUGGUUCUCGAAAGCAAUACCUCCCUUCUCGAGAAAGCGGCUACAAGUACGUCUUCAUAAUCCGAGAUCCACAACUUGCUAUGUCGUCCUACAGAAGAGCCACAAUACAGACAUCUUGCACCAUGCCAGGGUACACUGCUGGCAAAACAGAAGAGGACUUUGAUCUGAGAGUAGAUGAUCCUUACUACUACGCUGCCGGUGGCAACUACUUCAACAUCCAUGCAGCCUGGAAGUAUGUACGAGAAAACUUUGAUCCAGACCCUUUGAUAGUAGAUUGUGAAGACUUGAUGGCCAACCCAAAGCCAUACCUACAGAAGAUCUGUGAGGUUGGAGGGUUGGAGUUCCACGAUGGGCUCCUAAACUGGGAUACUUCCACCGAUAUCAUCAAGACCUGGAAGAAUCCUGGUGGAGUGCCGAAGAUGCUGGCAACUGGUCUUGGGUAUUUCCAUCGAACAGCCAUCAACAGCUCUUGUUUUCAAUUCAGUAAGAAAGAGAAACCACCACUCUCCUCUGCAACAAAAGAUAUUCAGAGGGCGGUUGCCGAUGGGACAGAGUAUUACAAUGAGAUGUAUGAACUUCGUUUUAAGCCUUGAUUGAAUGGGGGUGAUUAUUUAAAGAAUUAUGUUUCGACCCUCAGUUACAUCGUUUUAAGUUAAAAUUUUCUUAAGUAAUAUCUUCAUGGACCAAGCCUGUCUUUGUAGAGUUCGAACCUAGACAUGUUGGAUUGGUGUUAUAUCCCUCACAUUCUGUCUAAUGACACACGAAUUCUCACACACAAUAUAUUUAACCUGAAUGAAAUAUUUUUAAAUUUUCCAUUUUAUCAUUGUACAUCUUUUCAGAGUUGGAUGGUUCCUAUGCAAUCUUCCAACGGGAUUCGAAUGUGCGCCAUUUUUUAAAGCAGGGUAAAGGUGGUCGUAAAUACACUGGUAGAUUUGAAAGGGUUUUCAUGGUGCUUUUCAUUUGGGAUCUUUUAAAGGUGCCACAACAUUCUCUCCAGCGACAUUUGCUC